AAGUGUUGGGCGGUGACGUCACUGGGCGGACUUUAUUGUGUAUACACAGCAAAUUUUUAUAUAUCGUCAAACGCAGCGAAAAAUGGAGAUGUUUUGUUAGGGCAAUGAAUUUUUGAAUUCUCUUUGUAUAUUUUAUAAGUUAUGUGUAGAAAGAUGGCCAGACAGUGAAUGAUGCCAAGACAGUCGUAUAUUUCCGAAACUGAACAAUUUGCAAGGAUAGAAGGUAAUAUAUUUUGUUAUGUAAAUAUGCGAAGCUUUCUUGCUUUGACAGCUGUGAACGUCAAAAGAAUUGCCCUGUAUUCUUUUGCAGCAUUACUCAAACAGACAGGCUUUUAGGUUAUUAACUCUUUCAGUUGAACUAGGUAGUUCUUCGUCCAGCUAAACUAACAAGCCGGCUUCAAAUUGAGUACGUUUCAAGAUCGCAAUAUUUAGCGACGAAAAUAUUCUUAUCGCUUGUAUACGUGGUCGAAACUGGGUCACGAACAAUACAAGCCUUCGAUUAAACCCUUGCAGUUGUUAAUAUUGUAUUCUCAAGCUUAAAAGAGAGUACUAAUUCCCCCAAAAACCGAAGCAUUCACCAUUCGUAAAACGAAAACGAAUGUUUUAUAUUGCAGUAUAUAUCUGUCUUCGAUUUGAAAUGAUUAAACAUUGACCCGGUUAAUUCGGCCCUUGUUUACGUUUGCCAGAAUUUUUAUAUUCGCUUUAUCUUGCGUUGUGGUUUAUUUAAAAUGUUAGCAUUACAUUCUAUAGUAUCAACUGAGUCAGUUAAAUAUACAAUUGUGAAAUUAUUUUGCAAGAAAUAUCAAUCGUAUUGCGUCGUAAUAAAAACAACCUUCUCAGGCAGGUCGGGUUCAUAGGAUCUUGACAAAGUCAUGGCAUAGUUCUAGAAUUUCACUUCGCAGCAUUUUUUUACUUAAUUUUGUUAAUAAUGAUACAUACGAGAAAAGGGUCUUCCUAUAAAAUUAGGAAGAACGACUUUUUAAUGCUCAAUUCUCAAGGGAAAUAUCGCGCUCAGAACGCCCGGUGCCGACUUUUGUUUACAACAAAGGCAAUAUCUCGUGAGAAUAUCCCGAAAUAUAUAUCAUGAAAGACGUGCCUUUCAUCAAACACGAAACGAAAUUGGAUAGAUUUUGUUGCCCUAAAGUUAAGUAGGGAUUUAUAUGGAGGGUAUAUACAUUCAUGUGCAUGACAUUUUUCUAGUAUUACACUGUGUUAAUGUUAAUAUUUAUAGUAUAAAAAUACAGUAGCUGACAUUUGUCAUGCAUGGGGUAAUCACAGUACCACAGUAUAAAGCAUUAUUUAUAAUACAUGUUCAAAACUGCCUAUUGUACCUUAUUUGAGCAGGUUUCUGCUUGCAAAUAUUACAACUGCUCUGCAGGGGUGGAGAGUGGGUGGGUAUAUUAGGAAUGCAUGAUUUUCUUGGAGAAUUUGUUGGUCAAUUUACAUAAAGACAACCUCAAUUUUAAAUAGAAAUAUCCCAAUCGAAAUCCUAAUCCAUUCUGUUAAUCCUACUCUGCAUACUUGUUAAUAUGUAAGAUUAUUUCAUGAUGGUAAUAUUUGGAAAGCCACUCAAAAUUUCAUUCAUUCACCACCCCGGUUAUCGUGAACCUCUGAAAACAAGAUAACCCCCCCUAAAAUAUCAUACUGCAUCUCUGAUAUCUAGGGAUCAAAUUGCAAGCUACGCAUCAAGUUGCAAGAGUGGAUCAGGGCCCAUAGACAUAACAGAUAAAAAAACUAAUGUGCCAAAUGCAUUCCUGACCUUCAAUGCAGGUUUAAUUAAAAACAUAAUGCACAAAUUUGCCUCAUUUUGUAUUUUCUCAUAAAACAUGAUUUGAUGCAACGUGAUUAGGUCGAUUAGCAAGUUGUAAUAUAUGAUGCAUUCUGUUAUACUGUGCUUUCAUGCCCUUUUAAUGUUACUGACAGUAAUUGUGUCCUACUGAAAACAAAUUCUUGAUAUAUAUUGGUCAAUUAUGGCCUGUCAUGUUUAAAAAAAUACUAAAUGACCGGCAAUCCUACAAGGCUGCAUUUAUAAAUGUGUACAGUAUGUUGACCAACAAUAUAAAAUUUUUUGUGAUGUUUCGUAGCUGACCAUGGUUUUAAAUUCAAGCCUGAAGGAAUAAUGUCUGUCAACCAUAUGUUGUUGCGCCCAUAGUGGGACAUGGGUGUUAAGGUUUCCUUCGAAUUUUCAAUAGCAAAUCAUCAUUCAAAGGAAUUUCCUGCAGCUGUUUAACAUUUCCUGCAAGCAGUGCUCGCGGCCCGUCUAUUUUUUCCACCCCUGAAGGGUAGACUGCUGGCACUCAAUGGCACUCUGCCCAUACAUGUCUAAGUUAACCCCAAAUGCCCCCUACUUAUUUUACUCUGUCUAUUACUAAUGCCAGAUUAUUUUACUCUGUCUAUCGCCAGGUGAUUUUACUUGUUAAAGGGAGAAUGCUGACCAGUGCUCAAUGGGUUAAAGCAUGCAACUGUGGGGUUUUAGGUUCCAAGUUAGAGGCUAGAGCCCCCUUCGAUUGUUUUUAUAUUUGCCUUAAAUUAAGUAGCAGUUUUUCUUAAAACUUGUGAAAAUAUUUUUUUCUGGACUGGUUUCAACCAGUGAUGUUUUCCAGGGGAAUGCGGGGGAACUCCGUCCCCCCACCUUUUUUACCAGGGGAACGGCAUCCCCCGUGCCAAAAUUAAACAUGGGGGAUCGGCGUUCCCCCUGGCAGGGAUUAAAUAUGAGUGAAAUUCAGUGAACGCUGUUCGACACCGUCCAAAUAAUUUUGGCUAUCACUUGUACAGACGUUGUACUACAUACGUGAUAUUUUUGACAAUAAUUGCUCUGCAGUCCUACGUAGAAAUACUUCAGAAUGUAAUUUUGGCACUAUUUUAAUCUCCCUGGAACUUGAUAUACUUGCAGAAAAUUCUAGCAGACUAGCUUGAUAUAAGUACUUAUUGUCACAGGCAUGGAUAACGUCAGGCAGUAGCCCAACAGGAUAUAAUUACUCUAGUCUUUCGCGCAAUCGCAAAAUUAAUUAAUUAAACAUUAAAAUGAUCAAUUGGAACAUAAAAUGAUUCAAUAAGAACAUUAACAUGAUUAAAUGGGAAAAAUUCAAGGAUAUUUAUUAUCUAAGCUUAUUUAGUUAGACAGAUUUUGAUUUUUGCAAUAAACCUACAUAGUGGUUCAGAUCAUUAAGUGAUGUGGGUCAGUGACCCUCAACAUACAGUAGAAGUAAACUAUGACAACAUGGUGCCUUCAGUUCAUCUAGUUUACAAUUAUAAGCAGUCAUUUUUCAAUGGUGAAAACACAAAUAGGACAGAAUAACCAUACUCCAAGAACAACUGUAUUUCAACACCACAGAAAGUAUAUAUAACUUCACUACUGUUGGUAUUCAAACAGGUUAAUAUAUAUAAUAAUAAAAUUCUAUUUUGUGUUUUUAGAUGAUUGGGAACAAUUCGAAAGUGAGCAAGUUGAGGGAGGUGCUUCAUUAUGAGCUGAAGAGAGAGACCAAAUACCAGCCAAUUUUUUCAAUACUCCCACAGGUACAGAGUGUGAAAAUAUUUGAACACCUAUUGUACAGUUCUAAUUGUACUGUAUCAUUCUACAGUAGAAACCUGUGGGUUUUCUGGAAUGUGUAUCAAUAUCGAAGGAUUCAAUGUAGAAAUAUUGAGAGAAAAGUUGAAUGAUCUUUUCAGUCAAUUAGUUUAAUAAUUAAUGAUGAAAGCACAUGACUGUAUUCCUUUUAGGACAAGAAUGCAGUCACCUUGGCAGAAAGAGACAGAAUUGUGUCAAAUUUGUUGACAUUGAAUAAGCAGUUUGGUUUUCAUCCUGAAUCAUUUGCCUUAGCAGCAAAUAUUUUGGACAGAUUCCUGUACCUAGUGAAGGUAUGUUGUACUUAAAAUUAUUUAUAAUGCCCUAACAGCAACUAUCUGCUGUAGGUAACAAAUAUUUAAAAAUUUCUAUAAUGGUAAGUUUUGUUACAAUUCAAUCCUUGCAGGCUCAGAAGAAGUAUUUACCAUGCAUUGGUGUGGCCUGUUACUUUUUGGCAGUGAAAAUAAUUGAAGAGGAGGAGGUACACAGUUUAAUAUUAUUUUGGUUUCUUAAAUUUGUAAUUUUUGAAUUUCUGAUACUAUCAUUAUAAAGUACAGUAUAUAAUAAUUAUUAGAGCUGUGCGAUUCCAGAAAUUUCAUCGUGGUACUGGUAUCAGUCUUUUUGUAUCAGUUAUCAGCCAGUUUCGGUGUUUUCAAAAGAAGAACAGUUCAAAUAAUUUGCUCAAUAAAUUGUAAUAUAACUUCGAGAUACUUAGAAAUUAGUGCUAAGAAAAGAACCUGAGCAACCAAACCUGCACAGCUCUAAUAAUUAUAAUGCAAUUUCUUGUGGUCUGAAACAGUAGUCAUUAGAACUUUGUAUACAAAUCACUGAGGUUAACCCUGCAACUUUUAUACAAGUUUUAUAAUUCAUAGUAUUUUAAUUUAAUUUAUAGUUACAAUAUGCAUAGGUUAAACCGACCAUAAAUGACAUUCAUUAUUUGUAAAUAUUAUAAUGUUCAUUUCAAAUUAAAUUAAAUUAAAAAAUUAUUUCCAGCACUGAAUUAAUAUUUUGGAAUUUCUCUACAGGAUCUCCCAGGGGCAAGUGAACUCUUAAAUGCUAUUGGAUGUUCGUUUUCUGUAUCAGAUCUUCUGAGAAUGGAAAGAAUUAUUUUGGCAAAACUUGAUUGGGAUCUCAACAGUGUUACGCCAUUAUCAUUCCUGCAGGCAGUAAGUUUGUGUUCAAAAUGCUUUAAUCGCAAAUUGAAGAUGCUUUACAUUUGUGCUUUAUUGUGCAUGGAAGUUAAACUGAAUCAGCUAAGUCUCAUUAAUGCCUGUUGCCACACAAUUCACUCUCGUAAUAUUAUUUAAAUGCUUAGUUACCUUGUUCUAUAUUUACCUCAUCUUAAGUGGUAACCAACUACAACUCAAGUAUUGUUUGUUUAUUAUUGAGUUCCUCACUCAUUGGUAAGGGGAUUUCCGACAGGCUAUUGCCCAGGGGAUUCGAGGUACCUGCAAUUUUAACGUUCUUAUCCGAGAAGACGCGAAAGUCUAACCAUUUACUGAUGUCAAUGUAAAGGUAGCACUUUCUCCUCAAUUACUUAAUUAAGACCUUGAGUAGAGGUCCAACCAAGGGUUGAAACCCGGUCUCCCAGCUUGAAAGGCGAGCGUGGUGAACACAACACCACAUGAGCUGGUUAAACGUAAGCGUGCGAUUUAUCUGAAAAUGCGAAUUGGGUGGAAACAGGUGUUUAAACAUGUGUUAGCUAUUCGAGUAUUGAACAGUGAAUGCGGUGCAUUUCACUUUGCUGACUAUUUUAAUAUGUCCCUUUUGCAGUUUCAUGCGAUGAGUGUUGCCAGUGGCUGUGUAAGUCCACAUGUAGUUUCUCACCACUUACAAUUAUUAACAAACAAACUGGAAUUGCUCAUUUGUCAACAGGAGUUUCUUUCAUACCGUGUAAGUAAUUACUUCAUAAUACUAGCACAUAUAUAUUGUAACUAUGUACUGUUCAUGCUAUUGCGAGUUAUCAUGGUCCUAUAAACUUCUUUUCUUUUUCACUUUUAGCCCUCAACUUUGGCCUUAGCACUUUUGAUUCAAGAUCUUAAUUCUUCUUUGAGACAGUGGAUUCAUCUGAUCCAAUCGUUUCAAGCUGAGAUUAAGGUAAUGCUUGUUGAUUCAAUGUAUUUAUAUAUUUUUGACAACAAUCUUACCCUUUACGAAUUUUCAAGCUAAGAGCACCGAUGCAGUGACUCAGCUUGCAUUGCUUAGCGAGCUUAGGCGAUCAAUGGAAUGAAUACUUGGAACUUGUGUGUACAUUUUCAUUUCACCAAUACAGGGUGUUACCUACAGUUAAAAAUUUGGCUUUAUACGCCGUUUUCACAAUUACGUUUAGCCAGCAAUUUCACAAUUUGGAUCAGUUCAAAAUAAUAAGUAUUGCGAGGAUGUCAAGUAGCCAAAAAUAUACAUUUGUAUGUUUUUGGCAUGCAAACUAAUGUCAGGUGACUUACAGUCUUAACUCAAAUUCCCAUGCAAUUUCAUUACAUCUCUGAAUGUUUUAAUCUUGCUAACACCCUGCAAUAUCAAUGGCGUACAUAUAAUAUAUAUGUCGGAAAUGAAGUCACAAGUUCGCUGCACAUUGUUAUGCUUAGGUUAGGAUUGGGUUAGGGCAAGAAUCAAAGUUAUUGUUGUAAGAAUCGGGUGGUAAUAUUGCUGUAUUUGAUACUUUCAUUAUUUGGUUCCUGGUAAAUGGCAGUAACCCAUGCCAAGUUAUUCAAUGUAUAAGUAAAUAAAUAAGUAAAUAUGGAAAUUGUCCUGGUUACAAUUAAACCUAAAACUUCUUCCUAUUUAGGUACCAGAGUGGGAGCUCAAUGCGUGCUUCGUAGCUGUCAGCAAUUUUUUAGACUUCGCCUUCUCAUAUGAACAUGGUUUCUCUGAAGAAGUGGAGAUGAAAAAUGCUGUCAACGAUAUGGACAUAGUUUCCGAGGUAAGAUUAUAGAUUAGUAAUACCGUAUAUAAGGGCAUGUAUAAUACAAUUUAUGGUGAUCUUGAAGAUGUACGAUACUGUAAUACGUACUGUGUUCUGGCGCUGUUAUACAUCACGCAACUUGUGGUGCUAAAAAAUUCUGACAUUGUAUUACAAGUGUUACACUGGGCGCAAGACUUCAUGCAUUUCGCAAUAGAGCAUUGUGUAAUUAAUGAUGAUAUUAUAUGCAAUUUUAUAGGCUAACCGCUACAAUUGUUCAUCCCCUCUCAUUCGUGCUUUGGCUCUUGAAACAAAUUGUUCCUUUGAAUUUGAUGGCAAGAUACCGACUUAUGGUGUGAAAAUUUCGAGAAUGUUAUCAGCUGUCGCCUAGAAUAUGUACAUGCAGUUAUCACUCCUUGACCGGCCACAAAAAUAAUAUAUGCUUACAAAUGGUUUUAUUUUAGAAUUUGUCAAUCUACUCUAGUCUAGUUUACUUUUGUUUACAUUUUGCUACUUUUAAUUGUUUUUGUGUGUCAAAAAAAGAGAAAAAAAAAUGUAUAAAAAAUCUGUAUAAAAAUUGUAAAAAUGUAAGAAAAAAAAUGUGAAAAUUUAAAUAUUGAAUAUAACAUUUCAUUGUAAAUAGCAAAAUGGUACAGAAACGAAUGCCUAGAUAUUAGGUUUGUAGUAGCUAUGUAGAGAUAAUACUAUUAAUAAUAUAAUAUGUAUAGUGUACAUUUUGCAUGUAAGUUAAGAAUUAUCAGGGCUGGCUUUUUUGUAAGGGUUGAGUAACUUUGUACGAUAGUAUAUUAACUUUUCGAAAAUCGAAAGUAGUUGGUAUGAUGAAGUG